UUAAGCAUUAGAGUGGUAUUCCGUAGCACAUUGACCAGAGACGUAAUAUUAUCUUCUUCUUUAGAGAAGACGAGGAGCGAGCAACACUAUAAGAAGAUAAAAGUAAUUUUAAAGGAAAAAAAGAAGGAUGACAGAUUUUAGAGAUUCUCCGAUACACGAUGCAUUGAAACCUUUAGAGUGGUUGAUAGGAAAAUGGAAAGGCGAAGGAAAGGGCACCUGCCCAAUCAGUGGACCUUUUGAAUAUACUGAUGAAAUAGAGUUCUUUCACGUUGGUCAGCCAAUGCUUCAGUUUAGCCUUUAUUCUAUCAAUAAGAAAACAAGCAGGCCACAUCACAGAGAAUUAGGAUUUCUUAAAAUUAAACCCGGCACAAACGAAAUAGCUUGGAUAGCCGCUCAUAACAAUGCUAUCAGUGAAAUCCAAGAGGGAACGGUUGAGGGACAAAGCAUUGAAUUGGAAUCAAACGAUAUUCGAAGGAAGAUAUUUUUCGAUGGCUGCAAAAUGAUAAAGGUAAAGAGAAGUUUCAAACGAGAAGGAGACACAUUACACCAGAUUUUCAACAUGGAAACAGAUGCUGGUCCUUUAACAGAACAUCUAAAUACGACUUACCACAAAGUAUAGUUAUCCCCUCAGUGAAAAAAAGCUAUCACUUGUCCAUUGAUAAUAAACUUGAAGUUCUUUUUUAAAAAAAAAACUAAAAUCGAUAUCUGCAAUGUUCUUUAGUUAUCUAUUUUAAACUUUGUUCAUAAUGCCCCAAAAUACAUGGUAAAACAUAUUCCUUUGGAAAAAAAGAUAUACAAAUGUUUAUAUAUUCUCUUUGUAAAAAUCCCUAUUUGUCUCUACAGAGUUGUAUGUUUUUUGUAUUAUUUAAUUCAAAAUCAUUUACCGAUAUUUCCUAAGAACUUUUACCUAUACUUUUUCAGAUGUUGAUUUUGAAAAAAAUAAAUCGAUGUAUGUUAUUCA